ACAAUUGAAGAGGGGGAGAACCAUCAUGUAAAAAUUGAAGAAACAUCCUCGUUGAAACAAAAAGACAAAAUAUGGUCUCAGUGUGAAAAGAGUCUCUUAUGCAAGCAAAAUCUUGAUGUUCACAUAAAAUGUCAUCUUGAAGAGAAGCUGUACACAUGUGAUCAGUGUGAAAAGACUUUCACAACAAAAGGAAACCUCAGAAAACACAUGAAUAUCCACACUGGGGAGAAGCCAUUCACAUGUGGUCAGUGUGGGAAGAGCUUCAGACUAAAAGUAAUCCUUAAAAAACACAUGAGUAUCCACGCUGGGGAGAAGCCCUACACAUGUGGUCAGUGUGGGAAGAGCUUCAGACUAAAAGCUACCCUUGACAAACACACAAGGAUCCACACUGGAGAGAAGCCAUACACAUGUGAUCGAUGUGGAAAGAGAUUCACACGAAAAGAAUACUGUGAUGCACACCUAAAAACUCACACUGGAGAGAAGCCCUACACAUGUGAUCAGUGUGGGAAGAGUUUCGCACAAAAAGGAGCCCUUAAUGUACACAUGAGGAUCCACACUGGAGAGAAGCCCCACACAUGUAAUCAGUGUGGAAAGAGUUUCAGACUUAAGCAACCUCUUAUUGAACACAUGAGGAUCCACACUGGAGAGAAGCCCUUCACAUGUGAUCAGUGUGGGAAGAGUUUCAGGAAAUAUGGUGGUUUUAAAAAACAUCUGCUUACUCAUUCUAGAGAAAGACAAGAAAACUGUCACCAAAGCAGUAGAAAAGUUUUUAGGGCAGAUUUCCGGAGGGACCACCUGAAAGUUCAUACGAAGGAGAAGCCUUACAUAUGUUAUUUAUGUGGAAAGAGUUUUAGUCAGAUGAUUGCAUUAAAGAUACACCAGAAAAGACACAGCGGUGUGAAGGAUAAUGCUUGCUCUCAGUGUGGGAAGACUUUUUUUACAUAUGGUGCAAUGAAAGUACACCAAAUAGUUCACACUACAGAAACACCUUACAAGUGUUCACACUGUGACAAGAGAUUCAAACGGGCAAUAUAUCUAAAAAUACAUGAGAGGAUCCACACUGGAGAGAAGCCAUAUACAUGUGAUCAGUGUGGGAAAAGCUUCAGACUAAAAGAAAUGCUUAAUCAACACAUGAUUAUCCACAAUGGAGAGAAGCAACACACAUGUGUUUACUGUGGGAAAAAUUUUGGACAAAAAGGAAACCUUAACAAACACAUGAAAAUCCACACUGGAGAGAAGCUGCACACAUGUGAUCAGUGUGGGAAGGGUUUCAUAGAAAAAGGAAACCUUAAAGAACACAUGAACGUCCAUACUGGAGAAAAGCCACACACAUGUGAUCAAUGUGGAAAGAAUUUCACACAAAAAGGAAGCCUCCUCAAACACAUGAAAAGCCACACUGGGGAGAAGCCACACACAUGUGAUCAGUGUGGGAAGAGUUUUGCUUUAAAAGCAACCCUUAACGAACACAUGGGAAUCCACACUACAGAAACACCUUACAAGUGUUCACACUGUGACAAGAGAUUCAAACGGUUAAAAUAUAUGAAAAAACAUGAGAGAAUCCACAAUGGAGAGAAGCCACAUACAUGUGAUCAGUGUGGGAAGAGCUUUGCACAAAAAGGAAACCUUAACAAACACAUUAAAAGGCACAGUGGUGAAAAGCCUCACACAUGUGAUCAGUGUGGGAAGAGUUUUACAAAAUCAAGUGUUUUCAAAGUUCAUCUGCGUACCCAUUCUAACCAUCACCAGAAAAGACAUAGCAGCGUUAGGGAUCAUAUUUGCUCUGAGUGUGGGAAGACUUUUUUGACUGAUAGUGAAGUGAAACAGCAUCAGACAGUUCACACUACAGAAACACCUUACAAGUGCUCGCACUGUGACAAGACAUUCAAACGGUCAACACAUCUACAAAUGCAUGAAAGGAUACACAUUAGAGAGAAGCCGUAUCAAUGCCAUUCUUGUGGGAAGAAAUUCACUCAAUUAUCUUCUCUUAUCUCUCAUAAAUUACAUGUGUGCAUGUCUGAAAUUAUAGUAAGUAGUUGAAGUCCUGAUCUGUAUAUCACUUAAUUUUUUUUAAAAUGUCUUUUUAAUAAACUUUGAGUAAACUAA